CGUGGAAGAGCACCUCUGAUACUCGGAAAGAGGAUUUUACCAAGCUCUUAGAGGACCCGCUCGGCCAAGGCUUGCUCUCCAACGCUGAGCCUGCUUCAUUGGCGUCGACGUCAAGUUUUCUUGGGUUAUGAAUAGUUUGACACGUCGCCUAGUACAAGUAUGGAGGUGCAGGAAAUUGUAUUUGUUGAACAUGAAGAUGAAUACAACGUACUAGAAGUACUACCGCAACAAUUAAAAAUGGGGAACCUCACCCCCAUCCCCAUGAUCCUUUUCCCACCUUCAUAUCUUCCCAACCCAAAUUCCAUGUUCGACACUGGAGGCGGUCCCUUUAGUCCU